AUGGCGAGCAAGAAACCAUCGUCCCCUACGCCAACUGGCCGCAGGACGCCCUCGACUGAUGCUCAGACGAGCCCAGGCGGACCGCGAAGAGUCUCCUCGCAGUCUCCUGGCGCGACGACGAAUGGCGUUGGCCGCUCCCCCUCGACCAAAGGGUCACCAGGUCCAGUCUCAGCCCGUGCCGCAGCCGCAAGGAGGGCUGGGUUGGGCCGAUCCAACUUAAGCAUGAGCAGCGUACCACGGAACUACCCCCAUAAUAACGAGGACGAGGAAGCCCGGGCAGCCAACACGGCCCUGAUCGAAGAUCUCAAGGAGCAAGUCCAGAAGGCGGAGACUGUCGCGGACCAGUAUCGAAAACAGCUCGGCGUGCUGCAGAUGAGGCUCGACGAAGCAGUCAGCGAGCAGACCAGGCUCGAGGAACAGGCACAUGAGAAAGACGGCCAGAUAAACCCGCUGCGUGACGAAAUCAAGGAGCUUCACAGACAAAUCCGGGAUUUGGAGCAAAAGCAUGAGACCGAGCGUGAGUCGAUGAUGGCAGAUAAAGAGAACCAGGCAAAGAGGGAGGAAGAGCUCGAGGCUUCCAUCCAGCGGUUAAAGGAGACGAUUGCCCAAAAGGACCUUCGAAUGGGAGUUGACGGCGAACGCAACCUAUCUCGCUCUCACAUAGAAAACGGACAAUUUGCUCCAUCUUCAUCUCAGCUUCAACGCAGUCCAUCCAGAAACAACUCGAAACUGAUACUGCAAAAAGACAAGCUCAUCGAAUCCCUACGGCUCGAGCUGGCUGAAGCACAGAUCAAAAUCGUUGAAAUGGAGAACCUGGGAGGAGGCCGUCAGCAGGAACUAGAACGAGAACUCCUCGAAGCCCGCAUGGCCAACGCCCGUCUAAUGGAAGACAACGAAAGCUAUCAGCUUCUGCUCAGCGAGCGGACGCUGAAUGGGGAUUUCACUAAGGGAGACUUUAUGCACGACGCCCACCCUCCUGCUAACGCAAAUGGGACCGGUGGCUCUUCUCUGGCCGACGAGCUGGAUUCCGUUGGCGAGGGAGGUGAGGAUAACGAGAAACGCAAGCUGGAGAGCGAGCUGAAGAGCUACAAGGACCAGAACAAGGCUCUGAGUCUUUACAUUGAACGAAUCAUUGGCAGACUUUUACAGCACGAAGGCUUCGAACAUAUCCUCGACAAGAGUGACUCUGAUAACACAGGGCCCAAGGGCGGAAACAAGGACAAGGAACUUCCUCCGCCGCCUCCUGCCGAGAAAAACGAAGAACCAGGGCAACAGCAAUCAUUCCUUCAGCGUGCCAAAUCUGUUGUUUCCGGCCAACCUGCCCGUUCUAACAACAGGCAGAGACCACCUAGCCAACUCACACAAUCUACAUCUACUCACUCCCCUCCUCAGUCAUCCCCCCGAGAACCUCCCACCCCAUCCGCUCAUGAAAACCCCGACACUGCUCCUAGAAUCCCACUUGGACGCUCUCGCACGGUCCAGCACCGUCGAACAAGAUCAGACCAGCUGGACAAUUCCGGCGCUGCAGCUGGAACGGCAAGCGUAAUCAGCCAGAUGUAUCGCGGCCCUCCAAGCGGACGCUCCCCAUCCACUGGCCCGAUCAGCCCUGGUAUCAGCCCAACCCUGUCAAAUAACGGCCCGUUCUUCGCUCCCGGCGCGGCAUCCAAGCGCUCAUCUGUCGCCACUGCACCAGGGGGUACAGGCACCUCCAUCUCCACGCGCAGUGCUGACCGUCGUUUCAGCGGUGCUGCAAGCUUGACCAGCGAUAGAAGCGGGGACGUUGGGUCCAUGGAAGGCGGCGCUGCAUCAGCCAGUCCUCCUCGCUCCGGCCCUGGAAUGAACAACUAUACUGGGGCAGUGAUGCAGCAGAACAAGUUGCGUCCACUACGCCUGGUGCAGGAGAACCAGGAGAUGGAUGCCGAUCCCCUGACUGAUGAAGCUGCCCGCAAGAAGGCAAAUAGAGGCAGUUGGGCAGGAUGGUUCAACCGCGGCAGCUUCACGAUGUCUGAUUCCAGCAACUCGCGGCCGUCAUCUUGA